UUGGAAGCUGGAAGAAUUUUCUUUCGGCGGUCUCUGAUUUGAAGAUGGAGCAUGCUGAACGCAGGGAGUAUAGCAGCUCAGGAGCAUUUAGAGAAGAGGAAUGCCAGAUGUCUAGUCAGCCAAGCGCAGCCUUUGUAAAGGCUCCAGCAACGGGGAAGAGACAAAAAAAGACAGUGAAAGGAAACGGUUGUAAAUCAGAGGAGAAAACAGGAGACGCUGAGGCGCCCAAACCCCCUCGUAGGAAGGUACCAGUUCCUCCUCUACCAGCCCAUCUGCCCCCAGUGAACCUGAUUCACCGAGAUGUUUUGCGGGCAUGGUGCCAGGAGAUGAAGCUGAGCAGCAAAGGCCAGAAAUUAGAUGCUUAUAAACGACUCCUUGCAGGGGCUUUCCCAGAUCAAAUGCACGAUUUAAAGAAUGUCCCUGACACACCAAAAGAGGCCAGGGUGAAGACAUUUCGGAAAAAAAUGAAGACAGAGGAGGGGCAGGUGCCUUAUCCUCAGGUGACAUUUCCUCUGGAAGUGGUCCCCGUACCCGAGCAGCAGGUACCCGCCCUUACUGAGCCUCCUGUCCUCUAUGAAGAAGUCAGCACCACUGUUGUGACAACGACUGCCUCUGAGGCAGUGUUGGCAUCUUGGUCCAAAAUUGUAGCCCAGGCUAAUAAUAAUAAUAUGAAGAAUACGAAGAAUGAGUCAGUGCAAUCCAGUGCAACAGCAGAGUCCUGUGUUUCCACAGGGGAGUUGUGGUGUGUGGUUCAUGGGAGAAGCUUUCCCAACAACACCAGUGGUUGGGUUCGGCUGCAGUUCCACGCUGGACAAGCCUGGGUGCCUGAGAAGAAAGGGAAAGUGAUUGCCCUCUUCCUGCUUCCAGCCUGCAACUUUCCUCCCCCACACCUGGAGGACAAUCUCCUGUGCCCGGAGUGUGUUCACAGGAACAAGAUCUUAAAUAAGAGUCUCCAGGGAUAAAGGGAGGAUCUCGGGUUUGACUAUCUGCUGUCAUCACCCACUCUUGUGGUUCUACGGAACCACAGCCAAGACUGAGACUGAUGAAAACCCACAUCUGUGCCCGGGAAGGCGCCCAUAUAACCCAGAAGCUAGGGGACAUUGUUUGUUAGUUAUUGCUGUAGUACAAGCAGCCUGGGAAAAGAGCCAAUGCGGCCACCAAAAUGCAUCUCUCUUCGUUAUGAUGACAGGACACUGUAAAUAGGUAUACCCUCUACUGUUGUGUGAAGAUAAGAAAGUGUCCUACUGGUUUCGCUGCAAAGAGGACCUGGGGCAAGAAUAUGGCAUCCCCAGAUCUAGUACUUGCAUGUCCUGUCCCAGGCACAACAGGGUCAUAGCCAGUUCUGUGGUCCAUUCUAAAGUUCAGUUUGUGCCUGAGACUCUGCGUGCUCUCUUUCCUAGGUUGUAGUAUGUUAGUGUAUAGUCCUUGGGUUUGUUUUCUACUGUUGUAACAUAUUACACUGAAUCUCAUUUGUGA